UGUCGUGUCCCACUCCCUUCCCAUUUCCUCUCCCCCUCUUCCCCGUCGAUCUCGUCGGCGACGCCCACCACUACCCCGCCGUCCGGCCCCACCCACCCCCCGACUCCCGCGACGCAGCCACGGAUCCCGAGGAGACGGAGGAGCCCCGGCGAUGGGGGUGGUGAUCGAGCGGGAGGAGUGGGCGCUCACGCCCCUCGCCUACCCGCUCCUCUCCGCCGCGGGCCUCGCCGCCGCGCUCCUCCUCCCUUACUUCUCCGCCGCGAGGACCCCGGCGCACGCGGCCGGGUCGUCCUCUUCCCCCUUCGACGUGGGCGCCGCCCCCUUCCUCCGGUUCCGCCGCGUCUUCCUCGUCAUCUUCUCCCUCGCGUCCGUGGUUGAGGGGAUCCAGUCCGUGUUCGGGGAGGAUGAGUUCGUGCGGUGUGGGCUUGGCAGGGAGCAGAUGGCUGCGCGCCUUGCUGCUACUGCUGCAGCUGCUCUGUUCCCAGGCGCCAUUUCUGGCGUCGUCGCUGACAAAAUAGGACCACGAAGGGCUUGCAUAUUUUACUGGGUACUUCAGCUUGCAGUGGGUGCCUUGAAGAGUUUCAGUGCACUUGGUUGUGCAUGGAUCAACAAUUUCAUUCUAACACUUGCAUCUUCAUUGUUCUCUUUCUGUUUUGAGACUUGGCUUGUGGUGGAGCAUGAGAAGCAAGACCAGAAGCAAGAUUUGCUGUUUGAUACCUUCUGGGUGAUGACAUUCUUUGAAUCAGUAUCCCUUAUUGGAAGUCAAGAAAUCACAAAUGUCUUGGUUAGUAAUGAUGACAAUGGAUUCUUGCUUCCCUAUGCAUUUGCAGCCACACUAUCAGUAGUGGGGAUUCUGUAUAUGAGAAAUGCAUCAAGUACCACUCAGCACGCAUCUGCAGUUGGGAGCUACCAAAAAUCAUUUUUUGCCCAUGUCCUCAGAGACAAAAGAGUACUGAUCCUGGUAUUAGCUCAAGCAGGCAUCCAUUUUGCUAUCUCAGCCUUUUGGUUUCUCUGGGCACCAACCAUAGUGGCUGACGGAAGGUAUGCUCAGCUGUCAGUAAUCUACCCCUGUUUCUUGGCAUCAAGAAUGCUUGGAAGCGCUGGCUUUCCAUGGUUUUAUGGAGCCACAGCUCCCUUACGGAAUGAGGACAGCUUGACAAUAGCUUACAUUGGUGCUGGACUUGCUUUGUCUAUUGUGGCUUAUGAUUACCAGGAGAUUGGAACGUUGGUGAUACUCUUCUGCAUCUUCCAUGCAUGUGUAGGCUUCAUUUUACCUUCACUAGCAAGAUUGAGAACAAAGUACCUGCCAAAUGAGCUGCGUGGGGGCAUGAUGAGCUUCUCACUGUCGCUAGGAAAUGCUGCUAUCUUCGUUUUCCUAUUACAGGGCGCCCACCCUCGAAGCAUUCCAAAUUCGACUAUUCUGGGCCUUGCGUCCUGUGGCCUGUUGGGAGCCGGGGGUUGCAUUCACAUGUUGAGGCGGUGGAGAAAGCACACUCGCCAGAAUGCCCGUAGUUUGUAGGCGAUGGAGGCAUUCACAACACGUAGAGCUUCAGGACGAUUUUGACUAUUUUGUAGCAUAUGCUAGUACCUCGCAUUUUGGUUGGCUCGCGUCGUCUGGAAACUGACGGUAAGACCACCAUGGGGGGUCAUUGAUCACUUGUGCAGAGUAUCGGGAGAUAGGUUGCAGGACAAGGUUUUUGUUCAGCUUGGCGGUUGGCACAUUCUGUACACGCGUAAUGCAUCAGGAAAUUUUUCUUUCAAUGUACGGGCACUGGCGAUGUAAAAUUUUGGUUUGUGACAGUAAAUCCUUGUUCCUUGUAAAUACCACUCCAUUGUUCUACUUUUCUUUUGAGGAAAAAGAAUCGUUUA